GCACUUUUCUCAUCGCACCAUGGGCAAGAAGAGCAAGAGAAAUAACGGUUCCAGCCAGGUGGUGGAUACCCAGCCGAUCGAUAUCGUGGUGCCUGACACGCCUCUCACCAAUGAGAACGACCAUCUCGAGGAGCUUGACAACCCGUUGCGGAUUAUUACCCUUAUUAACUCCCCAGACGUACCUGAGGGUGAUUUACAAGAGAGACUAAUGGACUAUGUUCAGACGAUGGACGAGGUGGACGGUUUUUUCAACGAGUUUGACGAGACAGUGGCGGUUCCGAAUGACGGACAUAUCAAGUAUGAGGUGGGUAGUGACGGGUUGGUGGUGAUAGUGAUUGAUUCCACCGAGUUGCGCGAUGAGGUGUUGAAGUUUAUAGAUGGGUAUAAUGAUAGGAUGAUUGAAGGGUCCCAUGAAACCACGAAAAGCCAUUAGAACCAGGGAGAUAUAAAACCCGGACUACUGAAUAUACAUUUAUGCAUAGCGUGCAUCAGGUGGGUGUCACUGGCAGGGCGUAGGAGGUCUUGGCCAGUGGGCAAGAUGUAGAGCGAGACACUAGGAUGGGCACGGAACGAGAUAUCAGGCCGAGAUACGACAGUAAACUGACACUAUGACGAGGCGCUGGGACGAGACAGGACUGUCAAUCUUGACAGAUUGUGUAAUUCUCUGACAGCUUCUGUAAUUCUCUGACAGCUUCUGUCUUCCUGGUAGUCCUUGGAAGUCCACCACUACCUUAACAACGCACCAUCUUCGCUACCUGCGCAUGUCGAACCUUAAACACCCAUUAGACUUCCUACCAUCACGCAGCCCUAUUAUGCAAGUGCGACUAGCACCUGUUACCAAGGUGCGCAUACAUACCCCAUACCCCAUGUAAAUUGCACACGCACUGUGCUACAACGGAUAUCUGACCCAUAUCCCCACUCCACCCCCACACCCAGCCGCUCACAGUGCCCGUGCAUUCCCCCAGAUGGAAGUUGCGGACAUGACUUA